CACAUCUCACACACAUAUACUGUAGGAGCGGAGCGAGCAGAGCACACACACACAGACACACACCGCCGAGGUUCACCUGUGCUGCUGGAUUGUUUUCUCUUCGGAAGCCUCUGACAGGUGACCUGUCAACAUGUUCAAGAAAAAGAGCAAGACCACGGCGAUAACACAGCCUCAGACCAGCGCUCCGUCCACAGAACUCAGCGCUCUGAUCGACAAGCUGCAGAAGAAUGCUGACAAAGUGGAGAAGAACAGCUAUGACAUCGAGCAGAACCUCAACAAGGAUGUGAGUAAGAUCAACGAGGGGAAGCAGCCUCUGUACCAGGAUGACACCAACAAGAGAAUUCUGGUGUCUCUGGAGCUGCUGAACGGGCUGGACGACGACGCGGUCAACGCCAAGCGGCUGCAGCACCCCCAGGCCGAGAUGAUCGAGAAGGACAUGAGGCAGCUGAGAGAGAAGGUGAUGAAGCUGAAGGAGGACCACGACCGGAUCUACCACCUGACCCGCACCGAGGGCCUGCCCAGCAUCAACUGGGGCAACAUGAUGGAUGAGAAGCUGGACAACCUGAACAACAAGGCCUUUGGCCAGGACCUGCCGUCAGUGGAGAACGAGGUGGAGGAGCACAACAUCUUCCACAGCGAGGUGGAGGCUCUCGCCCCUCACAUCUCCUCCGGCGGAGACAAGGAAUACGUCAGUAGCCUCCAGAUGAAGUACGCCAAACUACUGGCCAGCUCCAGCAGCCGGCAGCGCCACCUGCUGGGCCUGCGGGACUACAUGCAGCGCUGCACCAACGAGCUGUACUGGAUGGACCAGCAGGCGGAGGAGAGGGUCAACUACGACUGGAGCGACACCAACCUCGACUACCCCGCCCGCCAGAGGCAGUACGAGAACUUCAUUGGUAAAUGUCUUGAGUCCAAAGAGGCCACAAUCACUAAACUGAACGAUGAUGGAGAGAAGCUGAUAGCAUCGGACCAUCCAGGGAAGAACGUCAUCGAGGCUCAUACGGAGGCCGUGCACGCUGACUGGAAGGAGUACCUGAACCUGCUCAUCUGUGAGGAGAACCACCUCAAAUACAUGGACGAGUACCACAAGUACCACAAGGAGGCGCGGGACACUCAGGACCUGCUGAAGAGAAUGGACACGGAGCUCAGCCAGAAGUACAACCCGGAGUUCAAAGACGUGUAUCAGAUGGAGGGUCUGAUCAGAGAGCUGGAUGACCAAGCUAAGGCCAUGGACCACUUUGAUGACCGGGUGAAGGCUCUUCAGAAGCGCGGCCUGCAGGUUUCGCCUCUGAAGUACCGUCGGGAGACCCCCCCGAAGAUGCUGCCUGUUGAGGCUCUGUGCGAGUUCGACACAGAUGAUGGGGCGAUUUUGCGUGGGGAGAGGUACACUCUGCUCCGGAACAACGGGACCAAAUGGGACGUGAAGGACGCUGCUGGACAUCAGCUCACAGCCCCUGCCGUCUGCUUCAUGGUCCCCCCCACCGACCCCGAGGCAGUGGCAGUCUCUGACAACCUGGCCGGCCAGCAGAAGAGUGUGAAGCAGAGGAUAUCCGGCAGCAAGACCGUUCUGGCCAAACGCUUCGAGGAGCUGCAGAAGGCGAGCGGGACCGGCACCACAGAUAAGCAGGAGCAGCAGUGCCGCCAGCUGAUGGCCGGGAUGGACAAAGUGGUGAGUGACCUGGACAAACAGGAGAAGGCCAUCCAAGCUCGUGUUCGCCCCCCCCUGGAGCAGACCCGGCCCCUGCAGGACAGCGCUGACCGCCUGCAGGAUAUGAGGGAUAUCGCUGCUGCUGUCAGUAAGAUCGAACCAGAGAAGUCCUCUAAAGUGCAGGAGUCAAAGAGCUUCCUGGUUUCAAACCCAACCUGUGCCAGCGCUCCUCAACUUCACAGCAAGGUGGACGAAGCCAGCAAGAAGUUCUCCAACAUCGAGCAGCUCCUGCAGAGCUCUCAGGAGAAACUGAAAAAUUCCAACCAGCUGGAGACUUCUCUUCAAAAUGGAAAGACUCUGCUGUCCUCCUACGAGAACAAGCUGGCCAGGGAGGAGGUGGCUCCAUCUGACAUCUCCUCUCUGGAGAAAACUCAGCGGGAACUUGGGGAUAUUGCUUCAGACCUGCGGACCAAGAGGUCAGUGAUCGCUGAGACGGAGCAGAGCCUGCGCCUGGCCAAAAGCAGCUGUGACACCAUGGCAACUAAAUUCCAAGAGCACUGCCCCGACAUCGAGAGGCAGGAGGCGGACGUCCAGAAGCUCAACAAGCGGUUCAACAACCUCAAUAGGCAGACCGACACCAGGUCUCAGAGCUUGCAAAGAGCCAAGAUGUCUUACAGCAAUUACCGCAAUGAUUAUGACAAUCUGAACAACUGGCUGUCUCGCGUCCCAAACUACGAGCCCAAUGAAACUGAUAACUCGAGCCAAGUGGAGACCAAGCUGAAGAAUCAGAGGAACUUGCUCUCUGAUAUUGCCAGAAAAGAGUCUGAAUUGAACAAUGUGUCAAAAAAUGCCCAGCUCUACCAACAAGCUAUCAAAGACUACGAGAAUGAAACUGAGAAGUUCAGAUCCAUCCUUGACCUUGAGGAUGGACUUGUUCCUCAGACAUACAAGAGGAACAGACUGGAAUCACCUGCACUGAUAGUCAAGGCAGAGGAAGCUGCUAUUGAGGCCAAGUUCACUGAGGUGAAUGCUGUGAACAAGCAAAGGCUUCAGAGUCUGGAAUUCACUCAAAGUCUUCUCAACCAGCAACCUGAGAUCUCUAUGAUCCAGGCUACAAAUGUCAAGUCAGUCAAUUCUUCUGUCUCGGGAGAAGAGCCAUGGAGAAUCAAGAAGCAGCUGGAUGAUGAGGUCCAGAGGAGGGAACAGCUAGAGAGAGAAAUUGAAACUAUCCAGACUGACAUCUAUGUCCUUGAAGGACAGAGGCCCCAAGACACAAUUGUCAAGAAGGAGCUUAUCAAAAAGGUUCCUGACCCCCAGCUUGAUGAGGAAGUCCAUAAGGUCCAGCAGAAACUCUCAGAGGAGCGCCGCACUACCCAUGUCAUGGAGAAUGACCUUGAGGUACUGAAGCUGAAGCUGCGUGGCCUUGAUACAGAACUCAAAGAAGGGGCACAGCAAUACACUGUCAAGGAGGUCCUGCGUAUUGAGAGAGAUCGUGGUCAGGAGGAGGAGAUGCGUAAGCUUCGAGAGGAACUGGAUGAGCUAAGAAGGAACAAGUUGAUGAAGGACAAUGAGCUGAUUCUGAUUCAAAAGCAGGUGACACUCCUGGCUGAGGAAAAGAACAAGGAACAGGAGGUCAUCACUGAAGAGGAAGUGAUCAAAGUCCAAAAUGAUCCCCAGCUUGAGACAGAGUACCGAGUGCUAUUGGACAGGAAGCAGAAGGCAAUAGAUGGCAGGAAGCAGCUGGAGGAUGAACUUCAGUUUCUUCAGGAGAAGCUCAGAAGGAUGGAGAAAGAGAAAUCAAUGGCAGAGGAAAAGAUUUCCAUCAAAGAGGUUCUGAAAGUAGAGAAAGAUGUUGCCUUUGAAAGAGAGGUAGAAAACCUCAGAAAGCAGUAUGAAGAUGAGAAGGCCAAACGAAGAUCAUCACAGCGCGAAAAGACUGACUUGCAGAGGAAAAUUACCAGCCUAGAGGAGGAGAAGUCUAAGGUUGUUAUUCAGGAGAAGAUGCGGGAGAUCGUCCGCCCAGAUCCCAAGGCUGAGAAUGAGGUGGCCAAUCUGCGGCUUGAACUUGUAGAGCAGCAGAGGCGCUAUAGGGAUUCAGAGCUCCAGAUCAGAACCCUGCAGGAUGAGCAUACCACGCUGAGGAACCGAGGACCUCAAGUGGAGAUCAAAGAGAUCAUUAAAGAAGUCAUCAAAUACAAGACGGACCCGCAGACUGAACGAGAACUGGAGAGACUUCGCAAUGAAAUUGUAGAUAAAACCCACCAGACUGAGAAAUCUGAGAUGGAAAUCCGCCAACUUCGUGAUGAAAUUCAAAGAUGGAAGGACACCAAACCUCAAGUGCAGACCAAAGAGGUGGUCAAUGAAGUGCUGCAGUACAGAGAAGACCCUAAGACUAAGGAGGAAAUUGAGACUCUCAAAAGGAAACUGGCUGAUGAACAGAAGAAACGCCUUGACCUUGAGGGAGAACGAUCAGUUCAAGAAGAGAAGAUCAGACUGAGGAAAAUUGAUCUGUCUCAAGUCCGUGAAAAGGUUGUUCAGCAAGAAGUGGUCAAGAUGGAAGAAGAUCCUAUCCUCAGAUCAGAGUGUGACACCUUCUUACAAAAUAUCAACAAUGAGCAGAAACAAAAGGACAGCCUGAAAACUGAGCUCUACCAACUGCAGAGACAAAAGGCUGAUCUGGAUCUGCAACUCGAAGAGCUGGAACGUGAGCGUAGGGCAAGGCGCGAUGCAGAAUUGGAGAUCCAAAGACUUCGUGUCACACUUAAUGAGCUUGAGAUCCGCGACAAAGAGAACCGUGAGAAGGUGACUGUCAAACAGAAGGUAGUCUUGCAGCAGGAUCCCCAACAGGAGAAAGAACACUCCAUCCUCAGACUACAGCUUGAUGAAGAGAAGCACAAACGCACUCUGCUUGAGAAAGAGCUGAAUGUCCUCAUCCAGCAGCAGAUCACCCUGGAGAAGAUGGAUGUGAAAGAAAGAGUUGUUCGCACAGAGAAAGUUCAAGUAGAAAGGGACCCCGAGGCUGAGAUUGAGAUUGAGAACCUAAAGAAGACUCUGGAAGAAGAGAAAAGAAGAAGGAGAGAACUCGAUCAGGAGUUUACCACCCUCACUUCUAGGCUCUCUGAUAUGGAGUUCUCAAGCACCAAAUCUUCGAAAGAACUGCACUACAUCCGUGAUGAAAGCAGUCGUCUGCAACAAGAAAACCAAAGGCUCCAGAAUGAGAUCCGCAAGAUUCGCUCAGAGAUCGAUAUCACCAGCAAAGAGACUAGGCUUAUCACAGAGUCUGCACCAAGGGAUGAUGGAAAGAACCUGGAGUUGAGGCUUGAUUCACUACAGAGAGAACUAGCAGAGCUCCGAGGCAUUACCACACAAAAGGAUGAGGAGGUUGAAAGGCUUCAGAAGAACCUGGUGGCAGUGAGACAGAAGAAGGAACAGAGGGAGAGCCAUCUCCGUAGGUCUAUCGUGAUCAUUGACCCCGACUCAGGCAAAGAGAUGAGACCAGAGGAGGCCUACAAACUAGGGCUGAUUGACUGGAAGAUGUUUGUCAACCUGCAGAGCCAGGAGUGUGACUGGGAGGAGAUCUCAGUCAAGGGCCCCAAAGGAGAAUCCUCGGUUCUGCACGACAGAAAAUCAGGGAAAAAGUUCUCCAUCGAUGAUGCGUUGCGUCUCGGGCAUAUCACAAAUCACCAGCUUCAGCAGUACAUGAACAAAGAAAUUACCAUCCAGGAGUUUGGUGUUAUGGUAUCGGGCAAGACCAUGUGAAUGCAAACAUGAAAAGAUGUCCUCAGCGUCAUCUCUGUUUGAACCUCCUUGUUUGUUUUUUAAUUGUACUUCCCAUUGGCAUUACUUUAUCUAUGAUUACUCAAUAAAUGUAUUUAUUUGCUAAUGCAUAUAUAAUGUUGUGGUACUGGAAUAAAUAUAAGGAUUGAUAUAACUAUACUGAUUACAUAACAUUUUGGAUUUGCUCAGCUGGGUUUAGAUGUAUUACACUGGGUACUAUGGUAAAAAACACAAUUUUGCAUAUCAGGAUUAAAUAAUGCCAAAUGUGCAUGGGUACUAAAUGUUUCAUUUAUUCGUGGGGUUUUCCAUGGUCUACUGUAUUUGCUGUGUGCUCUGUAAGCUUCAAUAAAGUCAAAUCAAACUGCAAAAAGUGUAUGGAU